AUGCAGUGGCCAUGGCGUGGCGACAGCGACUCGAAGGGCGAUGCCUUGCUUCCCAUGGCCAAUAUCCCCAGCAUCAAUGGCGCUGCUCACGAUGAUGGCCUGGACACGGAGCGCUCGAGGUCAAGUCGUCCCCAUCUCGUACGCACCACGUCGGCGCAGUCUAGGGGCGUUGCCGAGGAAUUCUCCUUCCUAUCCCCAGACGAAACAGCUUCCCGGCUCCAGACCUCACUCACCCAUGGCAUCACCCCGGCAGAAGCACUGACCCGACUACGAGACUGCGGGCCCAACGAGAUCCCCCACGAACCCCCCGAACCCCUGUGGCUCCGAUUCGCCAAGCAGUUCCAAGAGCCGCUGAUCGUCUUGCUCCUCGUCUCUGCUGCCGCCUCCAUCUUCCUCGGCAAUACCGACGAUGCUGUUAGCAUCACAGUAGCCGUCACCAUUGUGGUCGCCGUCGGCUUCGCCCAGGAAUACCGUUCGGAAAAAUCCAUCGAGGCUUUGAGCCACCUAGUUCCGAACCAUGCCCACCUCAUCAGAGCGAAUACGACCAAGUCGGCCCCGCCGGCUCGGAUGUCGUCGAGCUGGCCCACCGGCGUGAAUGGCCAAGUGGACGAAACCGAGAGGGACCUCGCGAAUGCGAUAGAGGCAGCCAUGGACACGGCGUCCUCCAAGGUGAUGGCCUCGCAGCUCGUCCCCGGCGACCUGGUGCUCUUCGCCACGGGCGAUCGGAUCCCCGCCGAUAUUCGCGUUACCAAGGCGGCCGACCUGACCAUAGAUGGGUCAAAUCUGACGGGAGAGACCGAGCCGGUUAGAGUCACUGCCGAAGCUCGUUCACGGCCUGCCUUGCCUGCCUAUCUGGGAGGAGGAGGAGGAGCAGGGAACAAGCUCGAACCCCCAAGCCCUGUUGGGUCCACGCCGUCGUCAUCAGGUCGAGAUGCCGCCGACGAGGGCGAGAGCAACAUCGCAUACAUGGGGACUCUUGUCAAGUCCGGCUAUGGCCAGGGUGUCGUGUUCGCGACGGGGGGCAACACCCACUUUGGCACCAUUGCCACCAGCGUGUCCGGCACCGAGAGUCCUCGGUCCCCCUUGCAGCUUUCGAUGGACGAGCUCGGCUCCCAGCUGAGCAAGGUGUCGUUCGUCAUCAUCGGUCUCAUUUCGCUGGUCGGCUGGCUACAGGGCAAAAAGCUGCUCGAGAUCUUCACCAUAUCCAUUUCUCUAGCUGUGGCGGCCAUUCCUGAGGGUCUACCUAUCAUCGUUACCGUCACCUUGGCGCUGGGCGUCCAUCGGAUGGCCAAACACCAUGCCAUCGUGCGCAGGAUGCCCAAGGUGGAGACGCUGGGGUCGGUAAACGUGGUCUGCACAGACAAGACAGGAACCCUGACGACGAACCAUAUGACGACCGCCAAAAUGUGGUCCUUUGGUUCGAAGGGAGCUAUUGACGUGGAUUCCGACGACGAAGCCAUCGAGACCAAGCCCGGUGCCGCCACCUUACGUAUACUGCGCAUCGGCAACAUUGCAAAUAACGCCCGCCUGGCGCAGCAAUAUUCCGAGAACGGCGUUGCGGCCAGGGCGGUUCUCUCCUCCACCCUAGGCGGUAACCAGACGUCGACGCACACCCGGUGGACCGGCCAACCAACCGACGUGGCCAUGCUCGAUCUUCUCGACAGGUUUAGGGAAUACGACGUGCGGGAUUCGAUGGGCCCUCGCAUUAGCGAGACCCCCUUCAGCUCGGAGCGGAAGUGGAUGGGGGUCACCAUUGGCGGAGAGAAGGAGUAUGCGUACAUAAAGGGGGCCGUCGACAAAGUGCUCAGCGCCUGCGACACGUACCUGACCAAGGAGGGAAGGGAAAACGUCCUCGACUCGGCUCGGCGCCAGGAAGCCUUGCAGGCCGCGGAAGACAUGGCGGCCAAGGGCCUGCGGGUGCUUGCUUUUGCCAGCGGGCCGAUACGGUCAACGUCGACCAGUUCUCGGGGCCCUGGGGGAUGUGGCGCCGACGAGCUGUACUCCGGACUGACCUUCGCGGGUCUGGUCGGGAUGAGCGACCCGCCCCGGCCCGGCGUGGGCCGAUCCAUCAGGAGGCUGCUGCGCGGUGGCGUCAAGGUGGUCAUGAUCACGGGCGACGCGGAGAUGACGGCGGUGGCCAUUGGCAGGCAGCUGGGCAUGCCGAUCCCGAGACCCGGCGACUACGGCCCAGGCCAUUCCAGCUUCCGACCGGUGUUGCGGGGCGACGAGCUGGACAAGAUGACGGACGAGGAGCUCGCGCGGGCGAUCCACCACACGACCAUCUUCGCUCGGACGAACCCGGACCACAAGCUCAAGAUCAUCCGGGCGUUCCAGUCGAGGGGCGACAUCGUGGCCAUGACGGGCGACGGGGUCAAUGACGCGCCGGCGCUGAAAAGGGCCGACAUCGGCAUCGCCAUGGGUCGACACGGCACCGACGUGGCUAGGGAGGCGGCGGACAUGAUUCUGACGGACGACGACUUUUCCACGAUUCUUCGUGCGAUAGAGGAGGGCAAGGGCAUAUUCAACAACAUCCAGAACUUUUUGACAUUCCAACUGAGCACCAGCGCCGCCAGUCUUUCGCUGGUAUUCGUCUGCACUCUCCUCGGUUACAAGACGCCCCUGAAUGCGAUGCAGAUUCUCUGGAUCAACAUCAUCAUGGACGGUCCUCCAGCACAGUCCCUCGGCGUAGAAGCGGUGGACCCAGACGUCAUGAACCGGCCCCCGCGCAAGCGCAACGACGCGGUCCUGACCCGCGCCGUGCUCACGCGCGUGCUCACCUCGGCCGUGAUCAUCAUGGUGGGCACGCUGCACAUCUACCGUCGCGAGAUGUUCGAAGACGGGGUGGUCACGCGGCGCGACACGACCAUGACGUUUACGUGCUUCGUCCUCUUCGACAUGUUCAACGCGCUCGCGUGCCGGUCGGAAUCCAAGUCGAUCCUGCGCGGCCAGGUCGGGCUCUUCUCCAACACGCUGUUCAACUGGGCGGUGGCGCUCAGCCUGGCGGGCCAGCUGCUGGUCAUCUACUUCCCCUGGCUGCAGGAGGUGUUCCAGACGGAGGCGAUUGGAGCGGCCGCCGACGUGCGAGCCGCCCUCUCGACCCUGCACGCCCGCGAAUCCACCGUAACAAAACGUCUCAACGCCCUCCUGGGCUCGCAAGCCGACCUGGCGCGGGACCUAGGCCGCCUCGAUCUCCUCCGCGCGUCGCUAGGCACGCAGGUGAUCGCGGCGCGGUCCAUCGGGAACACCAUGCUCGCGGGCCCCGCCGACACGGCCGGCACGCUGAGUGGGCGCGUGCGGCAGCUCGACCUCGAGAAGAGCCGAGUGGACGCGACGGCGCGGGUGGUGCAGCAGGUGGCGGAGCUGCGGGCGUGCGUGCUGGGCGUGGUGGGCAGCAUGGGGGCGCCGCAGGACUGGGAGGCGGCGGCGGGGUACCUGGCGCGGGCGGCGGAGGUGCCGGAGGCGAUCACGCGGGGCAAGUUCGCGGCCGAGAUCGUGCCGACGGUCGAGGUGCCCGACCCGCCGUGGGUGACGCUCGAGAACGCGCGCGAGAGCCUCUGCGGGUUGUUCCUGCGCGAGUUCGACGGGGCGGCGAAGGAGGGCGAUGGGGUCAAGGUCACGCGCUUCUUCAAGCUGUUCCCGCUCAUUGGGAGGGGGGAUGUCGGGCUUGACGUCUAUGGUCGGUACGUUUGCCAGGGCGUUGCUGGCACGGCGAGGGCUGUUCUCAAGGAAGGUCAAGGGUCCGGUGGCGACGGUGAGGGCGACGGCGGCGGCAGCGGCGGCGGUGGUGUGCAGGCGCAGGCGCAGGCGAGGUCGAGGCGGGAUGGGUUUUUCUACGCCAACGCGCUGACGAGGCUGUUCGACCACAUUGCCCGGAUCGUGGAGGGGCAUGGCAGCCUGGUGGAGAGGCAUUACGGGGCGGGCAAGAUGGUCAAGGUCAUUGAGCGGCUCCAACAAGAGGCUGAUGUGCAGGGUGGCAUCAUCUUGGAUGCGUGGGUGGACGAGCGCGAUAUCGACCGGCGCAUUAAGGACGUCAAGAGUUAUCCGUUCUCGUUUCUGGUGCAGAGCUUUCUCCCGCAGUCGCAGCCGCAGUCGCAGACGCAGACGCAGCAGCGAGGAGGGACGCCCCGGGUGAACUCGCCGGCUAUGGGGGGUGGUUCUUCCACCAACGCGCGCAAUAGUGAGGAUGAAGGGGUCAACAUGAAGGAGGUGGAUGGGGUUCUCAGCGAGAUUGCUGUGAUGCUGGGACGGUGGGCGCUCUACGUCCGUUUUCUUGCAGGAAAGGCCAGAAAUGCCGACGUACCAGAGGACACACCCUUGGUAUUACCGGACAUUGUCGUCAAGUCCAACCUGAACCGCAAAGUCUCGGACAAACUCAUCACACCGUACAACACAAUGAUGACCUUCUUCUUCAGGAGAUCGGUGGAGAAGGCCUUCCAACUCGACGAGCAGCCCACGGGUUUGUCUCUUAACAUGAGCAAACACGUCGACGCCAACACGCCCUUCAUCAUCUCGGCCGUCGACGACGUUAUGUAUGUCGUCAACGCCGUGCUGGACAAGUCCCUAUCCACGGCCCAGAGGGACGUCAUGGGCUCGGUCGUCCCGAUCAUCGGCCGGGUGCUGGAAUCAGACUUUGUCGGCAUGGUGCAGCGCAAGAUGCGGGACGAGUCGUACCCGAAACCUCUCGUUCAGGGGGGUUUCCCGCCGGAAGACAAGAUCAUUCAGUUCAUCGUGCUCAUCAACAGCCUCGACACGGCCAACGAGUAUCUCGCCCGCAUCAUCUCGAGCCGGAGAGGCACAAGUACAGGCACAGGGGCACCCCUCCGAGAGUCGUUCCCGUUCGACAAAGACGUAACCUUCGUUUCCGCAGCGCUCGAAGCCCUCCUGGCCGCCUUCACGGCCAAGACGACGGAGCUGAUGAACGAAGGGCUCCAAGUGCUCUUCAGCCACGUGGUCAAGCUGCGGCUGCGGCCGGUGCUGACGGACGCGUUCCGGGACGUCGACUACUCCCUCACGGAAGACGAGCUGGCGGAGGUGGCGGCGCAGAACGACGAGAGCCAGGAGGAGGUCGAGGUCCUGGAGCAGCAGGUGGGGCGGCGGUUCGAGCACGGGUGGGACCAGCUGAUGAGGCCGAUCGCGCGGCUCAUGACGGCGCAUACCUUCUCGGUGCUCCACGACCUGACGGCGCGGUACCUGGCGCGGGUGCUCGAGCAGCGGGCGUGGAAGUCGCGGGUCAGCGCGUUCGGGGCGAUCCGCAUGGAGAGGGACUUUUCCGGGAUCGUGGGCACGGUGGGGAGGGGGAACUACGGGGUGCGGGAGCUGUUCGCGCGGGUGGCGCAGGUGCUGAUGAUUGCGAACAUGGAGGAUGACGAGUGGGAGGUCCUGGCGGCCGGGCAUGAGGAUGCCGGGGAGGGUGGGGAGGAUGGUAUGAUUUGGGUGCUUACCGAGGAGGAGAGGAGACGGGCUCGGAAUCUGGUCCGGGGAUGA